AUGCAAAAGAGGACUAAGGGAGACAAACGAGGCAGUAACGAGUUUCUCGAUGACUUCUACAGAACAUAUGGAAGCUUCAUCCCACUACAGAAGAGCGACGUGUUGAGGCAUCUGAAGAGGAAGUUUAACAGUCACUGGAGCGACAGGAAGAACAUCAUCUUCUCAGAAGUUUCCAGAUGUCAAGCUGCGAUCGUUCAGAAACCUGCUCCCUUUUUCCAGGUGGUUUACAAGAAACACACACUGACACUGGAUGAUCUGCUGACUCUGGCAGAUCAGAACUGGCUCAAUGACCAGGUCAUGAACAUGUAUGGAGAGUUGAUCAUGGAGUCUUCCCAUCACAAGGUCCAUUAUCUCAACAGCUUCUUCCACCGACAGCUCAUGACCAAAGGAUAUGAUGGUGUUAAGAGAUGGACAAAGCAGGUGGAUUUGUUUUCUAAGAGCCUUCUUCUGGUGCCCGUCCACCUGGAGGUUCACUGGUGUCUGGUGACGGCCGACAUCGCCAAAAAGAAAAUCUGCCUUUAUGACUCUCAAGGGAAUGCCCUCCAGAAAGUUGCAAGGAACAUCCUGAAGUACUUGAUGACAGAAGCAAGAGAGAAGCAGCAAAUAGCUUUUGAAAACGGUUGGGUGGUGUCAUUUGAUGAGAAAAUCCCACAACAGACCAACGAGAACGACUGUGGAGUCUUUGUCUUGGAGUAUUCUAGAUGCCUUGCUCUGACCAGACCGCUCCAGUUUUCCCAGAACGACAUACCAAAGAUACGAAAGAGGAUCUACAAGGAGCUCUGUGAUUGCAAGCUCCAUGAGCAGGACUGACGAGUUGUUUACAGUUGUUUGUUUAUUGGUUGAAUGGUUUGUGCUGCUACUGAUUAAGGUAUGAAAUGUCUCGCUUGUUUCUGUGUCGGGCGUUAUUGUCAGCUCUGUAGCAGCCUUACAGCACUGUGCUCAGUGCGAUGUGUAGCACUAAGGAGAGUAUCAGUCUUUACAUGGUCAGUCACAACAUUAAAACCACCCGGGUGUUAUUGUGCCAUCCCAACAGAUCCUUGAAACUCUUUGUCAUGUUCCUUCAAACAUUCCCAAACAAUAUUUGCAGUGUGGUAGAAAAGCAACACCGGUAAAGUAGGUGGUACGUGUCAAACUAACAUCCACAUGAAUGAAGGACCCAAGGUUUCUCAGUAGAACAUUGCCCAGAGCAUCACACUGCCUCUGCCGGCUUGCCUUCUUCUCAUAGUGCAUCCCUCUGCUGCCUCUUCCUGAAAAAACAAAAGCUCCUCCAUUGCUUUGUGGUUCAGAUUUAAUGCCCGUUGUAGGACUCACACGCUGCCUCUGCAAGCUCAUAUGCAGCAAGCUGUGAUGAAUUCUGACACUUUUUUAAAUUGUAGCAGCAUUAAGUUUUUCAGCAGUUUGUGCUACAGUAGCUUUCCUGUGGAUCAGAUGCUGCUCAUUUUUUCCUGCUUCCAACACAUCAAUUUCAAAACCGACUGUUCAAGUGCUGCCUAAUUUAUUCCGCCUCUGGUUAGGUGCCGGGCUGCACAGCAGCGUAGUGGUUAGCACUUUUGCCUUGCAGCAAGAAGGUCCCCGGUUCAAAUCCCGGCCUGGGAUCUUUCUGCAUGGAGUUUGCAUGUUCUCCCUGUGCAUGCGUGGGUUUUCUCCGGGUACUCCGGCUUCCUCCCACAGUCCAAAAACAUGCUGAGGUUUUUGGACUGGAAUUGAUUACUCUAAAUUGCCCGUAGGUGUGAAUGUGAGUGUGCUUGUGUGUCUGUAUAUGUAGCCCUGCUACAGACUGACGACCUGUCCAGAGUGUCCCCUGCCUUCGCCCGAGUCAGCUGGGAUAGGCUCCAGCACCCCCCGCGACGCUAGUGAGGAUAAAGCGGAGUAUAGAGAAUGGAUGGAUGGAUGGAUGGUUAGGUGCCGUCGUUAAGAGAUAAUCAAACUCAAUCUGUCGGUGUUUUAAAUGUUGUGGCUGAUUGGUUUAUAUCACCGUUCCAGACUAAACCAUAAUCCACUGUAUUUAUAUGAUCACUAUUUAAUCAGGCAUGUUAGACCUCGACAUGAAGUCGUUUAAAGUGCACCAGCAGAGCCUUACUGAAUCUGUCGUGGCCCACGUGUAUGUUUAGGUGUGACUUGUUUUUUCUGUUAAAAUAUCUGAAUGCCGUAUUUGCACAUUUUUACAUCAAACCUGUUGUUUGCAUCUUAGUUUACUGAUUAACACCAGAUAACUGAACCGAAAUCGUGUGUCGUCUUGAAUAUUUCUUCCGUUGCAUAAGACAAAUAUGUACAUAAGGCUUAAAUUAAAUGAGCCAUUUUCCAAAGAUUUCAUUUUUAUUUGAUGUUUUCCUUUUAAAUAUCAAGUACUGUAUGCACUGCAUGCAGAACAACCUUCAUUAGAUUAUAUGAGGGUACAUAAAUACAUAUAAACAUCCAUCAUCCUUACUACAGACAGGAAUUUUCUUAAUCUCCAGAACAUUAUAACUGUAUGUGAGCAGAUCCCUGAACAGUUACAAAAAUGCACUGAUGAGAAAGCAGUGCUCUAGAUAAAAAGUGGACCUUUUAAGGCACAUGAAGAGUUCUCAAAUGCGAGGUUUUCAGUGUGAGAACCUGAUUAUUAUACUGUGAUAAACAAUGUGCAACAUGUAAUAUUACCAAAUACAUUUCUAUGUAUGCUAGAUGAAGUAAAAUACAGUUUGACAUAUGAUGUA